AUGGCUUAUGGUUCGUCAGUGAUUCCAGCUUUUCGCAUUGGUACUGUCAAUGUUCAUUUAUUUAUGCAUCCAGUGACAUGUCGAAGUAAUGCAAAAGAACUAGCAUCGAUUCUUGGUUCACUCAAUCUCGACGUUCUCGCUGUAGAAGAAGUCAAGAACGAUUACGAUUGGACACUUCUAUGUAACGAUCUAGGGUUAGGCCAUUCUGUAUUUGGAGCGAGUCAUAGACUAUCAUACGGCAAUGCCAUUGCCUCCCGUCAUCCAAUCAUUGAGCAUUCUAAUCAAACAUCAAAAAGAGACUUUGAUGGUGGCUAUCGAGCAAUGCUUCAAUGUCGUUUUGGUGGCUCCCAUCCAUUUGUUCAAAAUCGAAGAUUUGCAGUUACACAUCUAGAUCACUUAAAUGAAGAUGAUCGAUUGAUACAAAUCAAAGAGUUUUCUCCGCAUAGUCACAAUAUAAAUGUACUUGUUGGCGAUAUGAAUUCAUUGACACAAAAUGACUACUCGAAUAAAUACUUUCGUGAAGCCGUGGCUGAAAAGCGUAAAAAAGCUGAAUGGGAAAUGCCUCGAUUCGAACUCACUCAACUAUUAACUGAUACCUGGGGUUUUCAGGAUGCCUUUCGAUAUGUAAAUCCAAAGCUACAAGAUAAACAAGUGGCAACAUGUCCAUACGGAACUCGUAUUGAUUAUAUAUUUCUUCAUCCAUUAUCUAACGAUGAAUGGUCAUUAAAAGAAUGCUUCAUUGUAGAUACUUAUCAAGCAACGGAUCAUAAUGCUGUUGUAGCCACUUUUGAACAUAAAUCAAAAUCUGAAAAUAAUAUUGAAAAAUGA